GGAUAAGAAUUGCUGAAAACGACCCGCCAAAGCCAAAGCAAAAUCCGUAAUUCCUUCAGAUUUGACUCACGACCGAAGAGCCAAUGGUCUUGGAGCUUCUGUGCUUCUGCCCAUUCAACCAAUUUUAAUGGCAUCUCUCUUUAACCCAAACCCACCUCUUGUUUCCUUCUCCUCCAUCAGACCCUCCUCUUUCAAUCCAUCAAAAAUGGUUUCCAAUUUCAACCAAACCAGCACUAUCACCACCAAUACUGACGUUAUUGCCCAUACCAAACUCUUCUCCUCUUCUCUUUCAAUGGCUACUGGUUGCACCUCUGCUGCUGCUGAUAACACCUCUAGGAAGCUUCCUGUUCUGCUCUUUGAUAUCAUGGAUACCCUCGUUCGUGAUCCUUUCUAUGAUGACGUUCCCGCUUUUUUCAGAAUGCCCAUGGAGGAACUACUUGAACUCAAAGAUCCAACUGUAUGGAUAGAAUUUGAGAAGGGUUUGAUUGAUGAGGCAGAACUGGAAAAGAGAUUCUUUAAAGAUGAACGACCAGUAGAUUUUGAAGGCCUCAAAAGCUGUAUGAUAAGCGGUUACUCUUUCCUAGAAGGCAUUGAAGAAUUGCUAAUUGCUCUUAAAGAGAAAAACUAUGAAAUGCAUGCCUUCACAAACUACCCUAUUUGGUUCGUGGGAAAAGAAUUAUUCCAUGUUAUUUUAUCUGAACUACCUCAUCAACUUCUGUUAUGAUUUGGCAGGUACGAAAUGAUCGAGGAGAAGUUGAAAAUCUCGAAAUAUCUAUCAUGGACAUUCUGUUCUUGUAAAAAUGGAAAGAGGAAGCCGGAUCCUGAGUUCUACUUGGAAGCCUUGAGACAUCUCAAAGUUGAACCAGCUAACUGUAUUUUCGUUGAUGACAGAAAGAAGAAUGUAGAAGCUGCAAAAGAAGUUGGCAUCAUUGGCCUCCAUUUCAGAAGUGCAGAUUUACUAUUAAAGGAUCUCUGUCUUCUAGGACUUGAUAUUUCACCUGAUACAAGCUCGCCUUAAGUCAACUUCUAUGUAUAUCUGAAGAACAUGUUGGGCAAGGUUCAUUUCUUUUUUCCAUUUUUUAAAUGAAAAAUAAACUCAUUUUUCUUUUAAUUCCAUUGAUCUUCAUGUUAAGUUGGAAUGCUGUCCUUGAUAUUGUUCCAGCGGGGAUUCUUCUGUGGGAUUUUUUUUACUGUUCAAUAAUAAAAAUUAAAACAUUAAUCUGUAAUCUAUUCAAAUUAUGAGCAAACUUAGCAGGGAGUAUACCAAUUAGGUUUUUCUUCAUUUGGAUCUUUGGAAGAUGGGACAUAAUUAAUGUGGAAGCAAUGCCAACAUUGUCUUUUCAGAGUAUUA